AUGAAGCUUUCUAUUUUUGCUACUUUGGCUCUACUCACUUCUUUUGUGAAAGCAGAUUUCGACAUUGGAACUCCUUGUCAUCCUGUCAACCUCGAUCCAGGAUUGAAAGUAGACUUUUAUGACGAAGUUGAGUACCGUGCUGUGGGAGACGACGAAUCAGAUGGACCCCAAUAUUUAGCCUACCUCAAGAAAAUCGCUAAAAUGAAAGUAUCUGCCACCGUUAAUGGAGUUGAAGACAUAAAUUUUAAUGUUACUAAAAUUCCAAAGCAAGGUGCUGUCUAUUAUACAUUAUAUGGAAGAAAAACUAAUUUCAGACAAUUUGGUUUGAAAUACACAGGUUAUGUUUUAGCUACUCAAUCGGGAGUUCACACAUUCAAGAUGAAUUUCGUCGAUGAUGCAGGUGUAGUAUCAAUAGGUACAGGUUCUGCCUUCAAGUGUUGUACAACUCCAACUAAUGACAUCGUAGAUCAUCAGUUGUUCAAUUUCGGUACCGCUGGUCCUUCAUCAAAACAAGAGACUAACAAAGCAAAUUUAAUAGCAGGAAUGUAUUAUCCUAUCCAGAUUGUAUUCUAUAAUAAAGCUCCAGGAGGUGCAGGUAUUCGAUUUCAGAUUACGAGACCGGAUGGUAAAACUCCAAAUCCGACCUUUUACCAUGCUAUCACUGAUAAACCCCAGCAAUGUAUUACAACAGCAACUACUACAACUUCCUAUUGGACUGAAUCAUAUGCGACAACCCGUAGUAUUACACCUACAGCUGGAGGAAAUGAAACAGUUAUUGUAGAACUACCAGAUUGGCAAACGACCACAAUUCCUGGUACUUCUGCUAGAACAUACACUAGUAUAAUUACCACUGGCUCGGUCAAUUCCACUGAAGUUGUCGUUGAAACUCCGUUACCAACCACUUCUAUUCAAGGAUCUGUGCAUACCACUUAUACUAGUGUUGAUACUGAAGGCUCUGUUCCAGUCACCGAAGUUGUUGUUGAGACUCCAUUACCAACCACUUUUAUUCCAGGAUCUGUUCUCACUACCUACACUAGUGUUGAUAGUUCAGGUUCAGUUCCAAUUACUGGAGUUGUUGUUGAGACUCCGUUACCAACCACUUUUAUUCCAGGAUCUAUUCUCACUACCUACACCAGUGUUGAUAGU